AUAACCGGCCGCGAAUAACAUCUACCUUAUCACGGACCAUGAGCAGUCAAGCAAGAUCUCCCUCAAUUCCGAGUGAGAACACCGCGGGCAAUAGCCCAAACUCCUUGUUUUCACCCAUACAAGUGUGUCCGACAAGGAGUCCACAAGCUGGUAAUCUUACAGGCAGUGCAAGGAAGGUCAAAGAUAGUGCAGCUGACUGGCAUAAUCAUGUACAAAGCUGGAAUGCUUUGAGCUCCAAGGGAAUGUCCAUCAUUAACAAGAUUGCAAAUUUGAAGUUGGAAACAAUAUUCAACUCUACGAGUUCUGCAGAUGAUGAAGAGGACAGUGUAACAAGAAAUACUUUUUCCAUGCCAGAAGAGCUAGAAACAUGGUGCAAGGCACUUGAUACUGUUUUAGAAGGAAUGAAUAAAAUUGUGAAAAAGCUUGAGAUAGUGACAGCAGCAUUAAAAGGCGUUAGAGAUUUGGAAUGGCAUCGAUGUGUAGGAGGUGCAGAACCUCUGUUUCAGACAUGGCCAAUAGAAGAGUUCUAUAAUGCCUCAGAGGAGCUCCUUGCCAUGUUUAACAGAGAAUUAGAACUGAAGACAACAAUUGUGCAAAAUGUAGCACAUGUCCAGAAUAGGGAAACAUUAAUGUUUUACACCUCAGCCUGGCUCCACCAGCCUUAUAUUGAUAAAAAUGCAGACAUUUUAAUACAGAGCAUGGUGGUGGAAACAGGAUUUAGGUAGACCUUUUGCAAAUAAUUUUUGUAAAUUUAAUUAUGAUCUCAUAAGGCAAAUUAAGCUUUUGUAAAAAAAAAAAUUGGAGCAUUCAUGCUGUGAUAGCAGGACAAACUGCACAUGGAUAUUUUCUUUACUUUGAAUAAAUGCAACCAUUUGUCAAA